UCUUAGCGAUUGCGCUUUGAAUAACCGUUUGACGACGUUCUCCGCGGUAUAAUCUCAUAAUGUAUAUGAACAUGGGUUAUCAAUUGUGCUGUUUGGCCAUCCUAUUUUUUACUGCGGCCGUUCGUUCGGAAAAUGAUUUAUUGGACCGCACUUACACGUCUAAGUCCAAGUCAGAAAAUAUCCCUUACAUGCUCCGAGUGUGUCAUCGAAGCGACCCGAAGCUCAACGAAUGCGUGCAAAAGUCCAUCGAAGAACUGAGACCUUACUUGGCCGAAGGGAUCCCGGAAUUGUUUAUACCAUCAUGUGAACCCUUGGUCAUACCCGAAAUCGUGAUGAAUCAAGGAAACAAAGGCAGCGUUAGUGUACAAUCCAUUUACCGUAAUAUUCGUGUACAUGGUCCUAGUCAGUUCGUUUUGCAAAGCGUCAAAGUGGACUUGGAAAAAGAAAGAAUUCGAAUUAAAGUGUCGUUACCGUUCUUGCACAUGACUGCCGACUACUCUAUCGAAGGCAGAAUCCUUAUGUUGCCCAUUUCCGGAGCCGGUCUCAGCGAAGGAAACUACACAAACAUCGAAGCCAAUGUCCUCGUACAAGCCAAUACUAUUCAACUGAAAGGAAAAAAACAUUUUAACAUUCAAGAUGUAGCCAUUGAUUUCCAAAUCGGUCAUGCGAGUGUGUACUUAAGCGGUUUGUUUGACGGCGACAGUGAACUUGGAGAUGCGAUGAACACUUUCCUGAACGACAAUUGGAGACACGUUGCCCAAGAGUUUAAACCCAUACUCGAAGAAACAAUAGGUGACCUGUUCAAAAAGUUUGCCAACAAAUUAUACCACAAAUUCCCCGUGGACGAAAUCCUUCCGACAUAUUUGGUAACGAUAAAUUCGCCCGCAACAAUGUUCCUCGUGUCCGUCACAAUGACCGGAAUAGCCUUAUUCUACGCGGCCACCACAGUUGAAGUUGCUGCUGCCGCCGACUCCGGAAAAACUUUACGACAAGAUCAAAUUCCGCCACUUCAAGUCGCCCCCGUAUGGUUGAAUGCGUGCAAAAAGAAGGACCCAUUCGUGGACGAAUGUAUCCGUAUGACUUUCCAGAACAUGUUUCCAUACUUAGCUAAAGGUAUACCAGAAAUCGGCACUACACCAUUCGAGCCUAUGCACAUCGAUAAAGUGGCUCUAACUAAAGGACAGGGCGCUAUUACUCUGUAUGGAGCCUUCACUAAUCUAAUUGUUCACGGGCCAAGUAAUACGACAGCGCUGUAUACUAAGAUUGAUUUAGUCAAAAACCGUUUAGACAUUGGUCUGUUUAUACCGACCAUUAAAGUAGAAGCAAAAUACGACCUCAAAGGAAAUCUUUUACUUCUGCCAUUGGUCGGCGUUGGUGAUGCAAAACUUUAUCUAAAGAAUGUGACCACUCACGUACAAACGAAAAUACAUUUUCCAAAGUACAUGAACGAAACCGUUAUGGUGGCCAACCAUAUGAAAGUGGACUUUAGCUUGUCGGCAAUGCGCGUAAAUCUGGACAACUUGUUCAACGGCAACAAAGUAUUGGGCCGAACGGUAAAUACGUUUUUAAAUCAAAACGCUCUGGAAGUCGUCGAGGACCUAAAAGAAAACAUUGGCGAAAAUCUUUCGACAAUAUUCAAACAAAUUAUGAACGACGCCUUCAGUCACAUACCCACAAAGUUAUGGCUCCAAGACGACUAGAGUUCACUCUCACCAAAACCGUUCAGUUACUACUCUAUAAAGACUUUUGUAAAUAUCCUUCAACUUCCAUAUUCCACGAAAACGAUAAUAUGUUUGCUUGUCUGUCUUGCUAGUACCUACGUUAUUAUUGACGACUUAUUAUUGUGUUGUAAUCGCUAUUUUCACGUUACUCCCAAGAUUAUUAUUGAUUUAUAUUGCAUGUUACUAUUUUUUUUUACUAUAAUUAUAUUAUUUGUGUUGUAAUAAUAAUAUGUUAUUAUUCUUCUUAUGAAGUGCCAAAGUAAAAUAUGUCGUCGGUA